AUGCCAAAAGAACUAACAGGAACAGACAUUUCCUGCUUCUUCUGCAACCUGGAGGAACCUGAUUCACUAGUUAGGAGAAAUGAGAUAAAAAACUACUUCAGGAACAUGCAUCUGGUAGACGAUCAAGAGCUUAUCCUGGUGCUGAGUGGCCUAUGGCGCAUUGCCAUGACUGAAUCGGAAGAAGGUGAGCUUCCCUCUUUAGGUCUUUUUGAAUGCAUGGCCAGUUUGAUUGAUAAAGGCAUCAAGGAUAGAGACUGGCUUCAUAGGAAUCAGAACAUUUACAUUCCAUACUAUGCAGCCCACAUUGUCGGCUCCUAUACCAUGAAUAAUGUGGAUUUAGCAGUCAAAGCUGUUGAAGCCGGUACAAUACCUCCAUUAUUAGAUCUUCUUAGAGGAAACAUGAGUUGGGUAGAACAAAGGGUUGCAGUCAGAGCUUUAGGACAUUUGGCAAGUUAUGAAAGGACUUUUGAAGCUGUUUCAACAUAUGAAGAAGAGGUGGUUAAAGUGGCCAUGCAUUUAGCUUCUACAUGUGUGGAAGUUGUUUAUAAUAUGUUUGUUGGAGUAAAAGAUAAAAACAAGAGGUUGAAGUAUCACUGCGAUUUGCUGACGAGAGGCGCUGGACUUGGAGACAUGGAGACAGAGAACAGGAAAGCUGAGGAAUGGGCUAGUCAACUCCAAUGUUGGUGUCUGAAUCUUCUAAAUUGCUUUGCCAUCAAAGGAAUGUCCUUAGAUCUUAUCUGCAAGCCAUCAUUUCUGCAAGAAUUGUGUGAGAUGUGGGGUCAAAUCGCUAAUGGCACAUCUCCUUCUGGCAUUGGACUAAUUAGGCUUCUGUGUCACAGUAAAGUUGGAAGAAGAUGCAUAGCUGAAACUGAAAAUGUAAUAGAAAAUUUAUGUAACCUCUCGAGAUCUUCGGAUGAUUGGCAGUAUAUGGGCAUUGAUUGUCUCCUUCUACUUCUCAAAGAUCCAGAUACCGAGUACAAAGUAAUGGAAGCUUCCAUUUCCUGCCUUAUUGACUUGAUUGAAGUUAAGAAUCUUGGAGGAAGAGCAAAUGUUGGUGAGAUUAUUAAAAGAACACUUUGUGAUUUGAAACUGCGGAACUCCAAAGCCAUCAUGAGCCCUGAAGUUCAAAGAGCAUUAGAAGAAUUAAGAAACAUUAUCAUAAAGAGGAGGAAUGAGAAAGCUAUACCUGAUGAGAAAAAGGAUGAGCAAAGGGUUUUGGUGGCUCUCAUCAAACAGCAAGGAAACCAUUGCUUUAGUAUAGGAAGGAUUCAAGAAGCCAUAAAUAAAUACACAGAAGCUAUAGAGUUGUGCCCUUUGAGACUGAAAAAAGAAAGAAUUGUGCUUUACAGUAAUAGAGCUCAAGGCUAUCUACUUCAAAGGGAACCUGAUGCAGCCAUUAGCGACACGACACGAGCUCUUUGCCUUUCCAAUCCUCCAAACUCACACUUGAAGAGUCUCUGGAGAAGAUCACAGGCAUAUGACAUGAAGGGAUUAGCAAGAGAGAGCUUGAUGGAUUGUAUUAUGUUCAUCAAUGGUGGGAUCAGAUCAAAGGACAAAAAACAAUUGAAAGUACCACAUGAAGCAGUAAGGAUGAUCAGCAAGCAGAUGGACUCAACAUGGCUAUUCAAAGCUGCUCAGUCAAAGAUGAUUAGUAAAUAUGCUGAUACUACAUCAAUGUCACUAUUUGAUGUUGAUAGAAUCUACCUGGAGAAACUUCCAAACUUGAAAAUCAGCCCCAGAAAUAAGGGUUGCAUGACAGCAGGUCUGCCAACUAUUUCAGAAGAACCUUUGCUUAACUGGAAAGAGAAGAGAAAUGCAGAAGGAGCUGAAGGCAGCAAAGAAAGUAAGAUAUGGUUUCAGUAUUAA